CCCAGUGUGGUGUGAAGCUAACCGAUCUAUUUUAACUGGAAGGGGGAAAUGAUGGGAGAAAAAUGAAAGCGCGAGUGAGAUAGAGAGACCUAGGGAAACAGGGGGGAGAGAGAGGGAGGUAGAAGAAAGCCGUCGGACCAUCCUACCAAGCGCUGCUGUAGAGGAGGUGCUUCAGCAUGACAGCCCUGCGUCAGAGGAAGGUGAGCAAGGGGAAGGAACCUCCUCUUGGUGCUGAGUUUCAGUCUCAACAGUCCAACUGUUGCACUGAUCAUCAUCCGGAGAAGAUUAUCCAUGGUGAUUGGUCAUGGGGGGAAAUAAUCUGGACAUCAGUUGGCUGGUCUGUCUCUGUUGGUCUUGGCCUGCUGUGCUGUAUCUAUGUGGCAACACUACAUGAGAAUGACCUCUGGUUCUCCAACAUCAAGGAAGUGGAACGAGAGAUUUCCUUUCGGACAGAGUGUGGACUGUACUACUCAUACUACAAACAAAUGAUACAGGCCCCAUCCAUACAAGAAGGGCUUUCAGAUUUGAUCCAUGACAACUUGACAGAAUCCAAAAGGUCCAUUAAUCUCCUACAGCGAAUGAAUAUCUACCAGGAGGUCUUUCUCAGUGUUCUCUACAGGGUGUUGCCCAUACAGUCAUAUCUGGAGCCUGUGUAUUUCUACAUUUACACAGUGUUCUCACUCCAAGCAGUGUAUGUGAUUGCACUGUACCUUACAGCAUGGCUCCUGUCUGGUUCUUGGUUGGCUGGUAUGCUCACUGGGAUCUGGUACAUCCUUAACAGGGUAGAUACCACCCGUGUGGAGUUCACUAUCUCCCUCAGGGAGAACUGGUCUUUGCCCUUCUUUGCGCUGCAGGUCACUGCUAUCACAUGUUACCUCAGGCCACAGCUCACUGCCUUAGACAAGAAGGUGCUGGUGUGGCUGAUCUAUGUGACAACGUUUUGUUUCUGUCUGACGUGGCAGUUCAACCAAUUCAUCUUACUUGUUCAAGCUCUCAUCAUAUACACCAUGGACUGUUUUGACCUCUUAACAACUACACAGGUGACAACUCUGUACCUUGUUCAAGUGAGUGGCCUGCUGAGUGUGUGGCUCCUCCAGUUCUGUAACUCCAUGAUACUGGGAUCGCUCGUCCUUAGUUUCAUCGUAGCUGCACUCUUUAUCAGACACUGCCAGUCUGGUCUGAAGACAGGAAGUCUGCUGGUUCGUCUGGGCAAACUGCUUCUCCACAGCACCAUGGUUUUAUUCCUCACCGUCACCAUCAACUACCUGGCCAAGAAAGCGCUUCAGCUCAGAUCAGAUGAACACAUCUUUAAAUUCAUCAAGUCAAAGUUUGCCCUGGGGCCAACAAGGGAUUUUGAUGCCAAUCUGUAUUUGUGUGAGGAGGCCUUCGGCCUGCUGCCGCUCGACACACUGGAACGACUGGCUGGUAGCCUGCUGCUGUACCCCUAUGUCCUCACACUGCUGCUCCUCAGCGGCAUGCUGGCAGUGGCCGCACUGCGGAACCUGAGGCCUAAAGGAAGCUCAGCUGAGGAGAGGAAAGGAGCUGGAGAGGUGCGAAUGGAGGCUUUUCGUCCAGAUGUGACUUAUAAUCUGUUGCAUACACUGUUCUAUGGCCUCUUGGCUUUUAGCACUAUGAGGAUGAAGUAUAUAUGGACUGGCCAUAUGUGUGCAUUUUCAGCAUAUGGUGUAUGUGGAACUGAGAUAUGGACUCUGAUUCUCACCACUCUGAGGUGCAACAGUAAAGUUCUGUUAAAACUUAUAAGAUGUGCAGUUCCACUGGUGAUAGUCAGCUGCCUGUAUUACCAGUUCUGGCCUAAGCUGAUGGAGGAGUUAUCAGAACUGAGGGAAUUUUAUGAUCCAGACACUGUGGAGCUCAUGACCUGGAUUAGCACAAAAACCCCCAAGCGGGCUGUAUUUGCAGGGAGCAUGCAGCUGCUGGCUGGCAUCAAGCUGUGCACAGGCAGAGUUCUCACCAACCACCCCCAUUAUGAAGAUAAAGACCUGCGGGAGAGGACCAGACAGGUGUAUCAGGUGUACGCUCGCCGGUCCCCAGAGGAAGUCCGUGACAUCUUGAGGGCCGUCGGUGCCGACUAUGUAGUGCUGGAAAACAGCAUCUGUUAUGAGCGGAGGCACAGACGAGGCUGCAGACUGCGGGACUUGCUCGACCUGGCCAACGGACAUAUCAUGGAUGGACCUGGAGAAAACGACCCAGACCUCAUCCCUGCCUCCCACCCUCGAUUUUGUGAGGCCAUCAAGACAGACACAGCGCCUUACACUGCUCUGUUCACCAGAACAUUCCAGAACAAAACAUUCCACGUGUAUCGGGUUAAGAAGAAACGCAAGAAAAGCACCAAGAGCUCACCAGAACACAGUGCCACACAGUAGCAGGAGCAGGGCUGCAAGAAAAACCCUGUCAGGGGCCAGAAGGGGUAAGAGUCAGAGGAGAAGAGGCGAUAGAAGCGCUGAGUCCUCACUGUUCAUCUGUCUCCUCUCUGCUCUGUACCCAGCUGUCAUCAUGCUCACUAUUUUUUAACACAUGGCUCUGUGAACUGUGGUUUGGGUGCAGUGAGCCAGUCCACACUUAGGGCUGCAUUAUUUUAGUAAACGGAGUACAGAAGCACAUAUAGGAGUCCUGCUUUGGGCUGUCAUAUCCCCACCUGUCUACACACCUUCCACCAGACCCUCACUGGUGCAGAUGAACAGACACAGAAGCAACUUAUGAGACCUCGAAGCAGGAUCUGCAACGCCACAAGCAACUAGCCACUACAAUUUAGUUUCUUUCAUAUGAAGUAGUCACUGUCAUUUACACACAGCAUCAUCAAAUGACCACAACAUUGUCAACGUAUAAAUAAUUAGAAUUAGGGCUGGACCCAAAUAGAUGACUAUUCGGAUAUUCAUUCGUUGGGUAGGUUUUCAAUUUUAGUUUUCAAAUAUUCGAGACAGCAAGAAAUUUCAGUGCAGUCUCUUUCUGAAUUUGUGAGGCGUGUUCUGUUGCCAUCCCAACUCACAGAAGUGCCAGGGCCAACCACAAUAUUGUUAGCAAAGUUCUGUUUUAACAUAACAGCUCUUGCUAACGAACGUUAACUCUGUGACUUAAAAUGAUGACGGGACAAAAUGAAACUCAGUGCUAUUGGGCUUGUGACCUCUCUGCUGGAGAAACAGACAACAUAUGGACCGCUGGUAGCCGAAAAUGGUUUCUGAGGUAUAGAAGCAUUGCUCUGUAACACCACUGAAUAAUUAGAGUGAACUGAGGGCCUCUCUGUCGUUCCAAAAACUCCAACAGAGUGAGACAUCUUAACAGGUAAAACUAUCAGCUGGUCUCACAUCAGUGAUGGAAAGGUAGCACAUUGGUGUACACACAAGUGGUCAUAAAGAUCCAUCGUUG